GGGGAAGGGUCCGGUGGUGGCGGCGGCGGCGGGGCCCGCCUCCGUCCGGUCCCGUCCCAGCGGCGGACGAGGUAACCUCUGCCUUCUCCUCUUCCUCCUCCCGCGGCAGAGUUUUAUUUCUCACUGCUUCAACUGCAAUGGAAGGUACAGUGUCAGUCUCUUUCCUUGUGAUGUUUUUCAUACUACUAUGUGAAAGUUAUCACCAUGGAGUGGAAACAGCUACUGUCGUGCAUACAGCAGAGAGAACUUUUCCAGAAAAGGCAGCUGGCAUUAAUACUGACUUGGCAGGAUUAAUUCAGAAGUUUCACCUUCAAGAACUCUUUCAUCGUUAUGGAGAAAACAACUCUCUGUCAAUUGAAGGGUUUAGAAAACUGCUACAGAACAUUGGUAUAGAUAAAAUGAAAAGGAUUAAAAUAGGCCACAGUCAUGACCACGAUCAUGACCAUGAUCAUCACCUUCAUCAUAAUCAUGUUUCCUUGAGUAAAAACUCUGAGAAGACUGUUUGUCCACACCAUGAGUCUGAUGCUAACAAAGACCACAGGAACGGUCACUCAAAGGAAGCUCAUAAAGCACAGAGUGUAGAACGUCAGCAAAACUUUGUACGCAGCAAGAACACCGUUAAUGAGAUAACGGAGUCCGUUGUCACAGCUCCCGCAGAUGGCCGCUCGGAACUACACAAUGUGCAGCCUGGAGAAGUCAAGCCUGUUGCUCGUUUAGCUCUGAGCAGCCCCAAUGCUGUUAAUGUCACAGGUGGCAGCAAUGCAAGCUGGCUUGCUAACAGCAGAGCAAAUGAAUCUCAUACUUCAAAGGAGUUGGAAAGGGGAAGUUACUUUUAUUCUAAAUUGAAGACCCAAAAUAGCCAAGAGUGCUCCAGUGCGUCAAAACUGAUGCAGUCUCAUGGGAUAGGCACCCAGGUAUUGUUGACUGCAACAGAAUUUAGUUACCUCUGUCCAGCUCUUAUUAAUCAGAUUGAUGGCAAAUACUGCAUCGUCCAUGCAACUAGUGAAAAAGCUGAAACUCCUCCAAAAAGUUACUCCCUGCGAAUAGCUUGGAUCGGUGGCUUUAUAUCCAUCUCGGUCAUCAGUUUUCUUUCCUUACUGGGUGUUAUAUUGGUACCACUGAUGAAUCGCGUAUUUUUCAAGUUUCUUCUAAGUUUUCUUGUGGCAUUGGCUGUGGGGACUUUGAGUGGAGAUGCUUUCUUGCAUCUGCUUCCACAUUCUCAUGGAAACCAUCACCAUCACCAUGAAAAACCUCUGCUUGAACAAAACAAAGGCUCUACGUUCAAACACCUUGUUUUCCAAAGUACAGAGGAGAGUGCUUACCUGGAUUCUACUUGGAAGGGACUUACAGCUCUUGGAGGCUUGUAUUUCAUGUUUCUAGUGGAGCAUUUGAUCACUUUAAUAAAGCAGUUUAAAGACAAGAAGAAAAAGAAAAAAAAUGAAGAUGAUGGAGAAAGUAAGAAGUUUUCAGCGAAUGAAGAAAAGCUAGAUACAGAUGAUCGGCCUGAGGGCUAUCUAGGGACAGACUCUCAAGAUCCAUCGCCCUUCAUUUCUCAGCAGCAAACUAUACAAGAAGAAGAAGAAGUGAUGAUAGCUCAUUCUCAUCAAGAGGAGGUUGACAAUGAAUAUGUGUCCAGGGGCUGUAGAAACAAAUGUCACUCACACUUACACGAUACUCUAGGACAGACAGAUCAUCUUAGUCACCAUCACCAUGACUACCAUCAUAUUCUGCACCACCACCAUCAUCAGAACCAUCAUCCCCACAGUCACAGUCAGCGCUACUCCCGUGAGGAGCUGAAGGAUGCAGGGAUAGCAACCCUGGCAUGGAUGGUCAUCAUGGGAGAUGGGCUACACAACUUUAGCGAUGGCUUGGCAAUUGGAGCAGCCUUUACUGAAGGAUUAUCCAGUGGUUUAAGCACUUCUGUGGCUGUAUUUUGCCAUGAAUUACCUCACGAGCUAGGAGAUUUCGCUGUGCUUCUGAAAGCUGGUAUGACUGUCAAGCAAGCUGUGCUGUACAAUGCUCUGUCAGCCAUGCUGGCCUAUCUGGGAAUGGCGACUGGGAUUCUUAUCGGUCAUUAUGCAGACAACGUCUCGAUGUGGAUAUUUGCACUUACUGCUGGCUUGUUCAUGUAUGUCGCGCUUGUGGAUAUGGUACCUGAAAUGCUCCACAACGAUGCCAGUGAUCACGGAUGUAGCCGCUGGGGGUACUUCCUGUUACAGAAUGCUGGGAUUCUGUUAGGGUUUGGGAUAAUGCUGCUCAUCUCUGUAUUUGAACAUAAGAUUGUGUUCAGCAUAAACCUGUAAUCCUGGUUGCCAGGAAGAGAGCUUGGUCUUAAAUUAUAAGUGGUAGGUUUUUUCUAUUAAAUUCCCUAAUUGGGAGGUACGUUUGAUAUAGACUAGAUAUUUUUAUUGGUGUCCUUUGUUGUGUCCCUCCCUUCUCUCCCUGAUAGAAAUGGACACUGUGAGGGUUUUGGGCUUUUGUUUUUUUCCACUUAGGAUUUAGCAUUGCAUAUGGUACUGUGGAAAGUUGUACUUAGUAAAACAUGGUGAAAGUGCCAAGUCUAUUAAAGUCUUGAGGGGUUAGGGGUUUUUAGUAAAUUUAUUUACUGUAUGUAAUUAUAUGCAACUUUUUUUACUAUUGCUCUUGGUUUUGUUGCUUUGGUUUUGUUGGUUUAAAGAAAUAAAACAACAGUGGUUUUUAUUUUGGCACAAUCAAAAUCAGUGGAUACAAAGCACAGUGAGCAGUGUAAAACAAGAAAAAGACCUAUGAUAGGUAGCAAGUGUUUAUAUGGGUGUCUCUGCUGUAUCCACCUGGCUUACAUAUGGUGGCUGAUGAGUCCGUCCUUUUUAUGGUAGUUCUUCUCUCAAUGGCUUGUGGAUUCUUUGUGUCUUAUUUUAGUUGGUUUCCACUCCAAACAGAUUCUUGUGAAAUCCUGUUUUUAAGUGUUUGCACCAAAUAUUUGCCUUGUUUCAUCCAUUCUGAUGUGAGUUGUGCUUCACCAGUUUCUCAAAUGAGCAACUCAAGUAGAGCUAUUAGAUUCUAGAAGUGUAAUAGCUCUGGCUCUAAUGUACAAGAAUUCCAUCAAAACAACUAUGAAAGUAGUGCAGUACUUGGGCUGCCUGAAAUGGCCAAGGUGUAUUCAUCACGGGGAAGAGUGCUACAAACAGUCAAAUGACAGUCAUUUACUGCACCAGCUUCCUUAAGUAAAGUGUUGGGAAUUCAGCAGAGGAGGAGAGCUGUCUGCUUCCACAUCAGUGUGACUGUGCACACACCAAACCAGUUUCUGUUCCGUGCAACAGCUACAGCUGAGAAGGCUAAAAUAGCAUCAUUUCUUUGAUGAUGUAUCUAGGGAAGUGGCAUGUUAGGGGUAAUUGUAAGUGCAAAUUACCCACUUGUGCAAAACACAAGUAUGUAGUUUGACCUUAGAGUCUUAGUAUUUUAACUACCCUGAAAGUAAGUAAAGGAAGGAGAAGGAUGAAAAUGAUGGUGGCAAAAUAAAUGCCUUUGCAGGGAAGAUAAACGUUAGCUAACUUUAUAAAAAGUAACACAGUUAUGCUAUUCUAAGAGGCUAGCUUUCAAAAUCCCAGAAAUGUAACACUUAGAAAUGAUUUCUGAUUCAGCUUUACCACUGCUUCAAAUCAUCAGCAGACUAAAACCUUUAACAAGGAGAAAGUGUUUGAUAAUACCAAGUCUGACAGGUUAAAAGAGUCUGAUAUAUAUCAGUCUCUGUCAUACAGUGAAAAACCAAAACUACUCUUACCACCUCAGAAAUAGAUGUCUGGAAUGAAGUGAGAGGUUUUGGGGUGCAUUUUGCUAAUUAAGAAGUGGGGAUUGCGGGACUUUCUGCAAAUAGUGAAAGAGUAGCUUUUCUUCCUCUUUCAGUAUUUCCUCAAGUUAACGAGAGUGAGAUUUAAUGUUCUUACUACAGUGCUGAAAAUCCUGUCCUUAGCUUUUCUCUGCUCCCCUGGCUUCCCCGGAGGCACGCUUCCUUCUGUUCUGCUCUGCUAAUGCCUCCCCAGGGGAACGCCAAGCGGGGAGAGGGGAUCUUUCCCAUACCACAAGAUCUGCCUGUGAGAGACCUGUGUAUCUCUUCUUGGUGAGCCAUUGUUUGGCGAGAACAGACUGCUUUGGAAGCAGUCCUUUUCACCCCCCUCCCCUUAAAUUUCUAUCCCUAGAAGCUACUCUGGUGCUGGGCUUUCAUCUCUAACAAGAACAUGCCAAAACCUAGGUGCAUUCCUUCCCUUCAUCAGGCACUUGACGUUUGUUAUUCUGUGCUACUGUAUUUUGAUUAAGCCUCUGGACUUCUGUUAGAAUCACACCUCUAACAGAGGAGUCCACAGUACGGUAGGUGUCUCUUACAUUUUUAGAGCAUCUCCUUGGCUUCCCAUCCUGUGCUGUUGUUACGCUGUUCUUACAGCAGUUUUAUUCUAGUAUGCUCAAGCUUGAAUUAGUAGUACCUGUCAGUAUGAUAAAACAUGGAUAUAUAUCUACCCAUUGUUUCUGUAUCUUCCGUGCUUUUAAACUGUUAGCUUAUUUGAACUCUCUGAAGAUAAAGUAACUUGUAUUUUUUCAGUCUGAACUCUUCAGAUACUUUUGCCCUUCCCUGUGCUGUGUUCAUUUCCUGACUUUGUAGCUAAACUCUGCUUAAAACCCACCUGCUGAUCUUCAUUUUUCCUUUGCUGCUUCUGAUGCUUGAACACCAUGAUCUUUGGCUCGGUGAAAGCUGGCACGUGCACAUCAAUGCUUUCUUUGGAAAAAUAAGUUAAGCCAGGCAUAUCUCCACCAUCCUCACACACACAUACACACACACUAAACUGAUCAAAAUGGAAUGUUUUGUGCCUUGACUGCUGCAUUUUCCUGUACUGUCUCAUUAGGUGAUAGUAGAGCCAGGCUCCUCUUGUCUGGCUGUGGGAUAGGAUGGAGGGAGCAGGUGGGUAGCCUGGUGUGGUCUGAGAAAUAUUAAGAUUAAUGACUAAAUUAUGGAGAUAAAUCUGCAACUUUCAGUCAGCAUUCCCAUUAAGUUCUUGCUUAGCUUUCCAUGUAAUCAACUGACGUGAAAAUAUCUGCAUAUCAGAACACAUUGCUAAUGUAAGAACAUGCACAGUAAAUUGCCUUUAGAGCAUGUGGGCAGAAAGGGCUUGAUAAAUUAGACACAGGCAUAUCCCCCCUAUUCACUGCUCUUUAAUCCUUGUGGCAGAGAUAUCCCUGAUGGACAGUUGUCCAGAUUAGUAAUUUCUAGUAAUUUUGCUUGUAGCAGCAAAAUGUCACAACUUUGGUGCUUUGUUGUUUGUUUGUUUCCUUUGUCAGCCUCUUAUAAAUCAGAAUCUGCAUCUGUUGCCAUGUGCUUGCAUUGGAAAUGCUCCUCGUUCGGCAAAGUGAUGGGGCAGAGCCUCUAACUCUAAGCAGCCUUCUGCUUCUAUGCACACAUUUUUCUGCAGCAGUUUGUAAAGUGCCUGGUGCUUCUGGCUGAUGAGGUGUCUCUAUUUUGUGUAUCUCCUUGUACCUUAAGGAUGGUACAGGCCUUACUUUACGUGCAGUUACAGGUGCCUUAUUUAGUGCCUGUGUUAGAUUUGAAUGAAGAGGAUGGGCAGGCAAUGGUGGAAUCACUGUUCUGGCCUAUGUUUGUCCAGACAAGAUGUUGUGUAGUUACUACAUUCAAGGAGAGUCAAGACACUGCUGUGCAAGUUCUCAAGUGCCUGGGCUGUGAGUUCAGGUGCAAGGUCUAGAUUCACUGCGCUGUGGGGCCAAGGCUGUGGGAGUGAUGCCAGCGAUGCUGUGAGAACUCGGGCUCCCUUGUGUUUAUAUAAGAGUCAAGGCUGAAAGGGAAUUCCCAGGGGCUCUCUUGCUGCCGAACCAGGAGACCAGUACAAUCAACAUUUCUGGGGGACAACGCUGUCAUUCAUUCUGUCUGCCACGUACAAGAACCAAAAAGCUGCCGUCAUGAAAUCUUUACUUAAACUAUGUUUCUGGUGCAUCGAUGGUUGCUAUAGUUAUUACUGUAUUGCUGUGGGCAAGGGAAAAUAAACC